AUGUCCGACGAAUUGAAUACCAAAGCCCUGUUUAAAACCCAUUAUGUGGUAUGGCGUAUUUUGGGCAUGUUACCUCCGAAAAAAUAUCGUACUCUAUAUUGGAUGUAUUCAGCGGUGUUUAACAUUUCCAUUACAAUUGGAUACCCACUACAUUUAAUAGUGGGUCUAUUUGCCAGUAACAAUGCCUAUGAAUUCUUUCAAAACAUGGCCAUCAACUUAACUUGUGCCUUUUGUACCAUGAAAACCAUUGCAAUUUGGUGGCGUUUUGACAAAGUCGAUAUUAUGUUUGAAAUUAUUCAGCGACAAGAUGACCGUGUUCGCACUCAGGAAGAAAUGUCCUUUCUUCGGAAAAUGGUACAUCCGCCGACUAAAAGGAUAAUUCUGACAUUCACAAUUUUGUGUAGCAUCAUAGCGGUGUCAAGUGAAUCUACCGUCUUGUUUAAUGGACUAAUGGGUAAUUGGACUCUGAUGCAUAAGGGCUACUUUCCUUUUGACAUUUUUGAGAAUACAAGGAAUUACAUAAUUGCCCAUUUAUAUCAAAUUAUUGGUCUAUCCUAUAUGAUUUUGCAAAAUGUGGUCAACGAUACCUUUGCACCUGCACACUUGUGCCUGCUACGUGGUCAGGUGCAAAUGCUGAAUAUUCGUAUUGGAAAAAUUGGUCACGAUUCGAAGAAAGGAAGUGCCGAAAAUAAUCAAGAAUUACUGGAAUGCAUCAAGGUGCACAAGGACCUGCUGGAAUACCACCACCAAUUGGAGGAAAUAAUUUCCGUGUAUAUGUUUUUCCAAAUUAUGGUGGGCGCGUUCAAUAUGUGCAUCAUUUUGGUAUUCAUUAUACUCUUCGUCAAGGACAUCUUCACCCUGCUCUACUACACUUUCUAUUUUAUUGGUGUCAUUUUUGAAUUGCUUCCCGGUUGCUAUUAUGGCACUCUGUUGGAAGAUGAAUUUCAUGAGCUGACCUAUGCAUUGUUCACCUGUAAUUGGCCUGAGCAAGAUGUGGAAUUUCGAAAGAAUCUUCGUAUAAUUGCCGAACAUACUACACGUCGUGUUUACGUUACUGCAUGGCUAUUUCGUGUGAACAACAAUGCUUUCAUUUUAGCUUGUAAAAAUGCAUAUGCUUUAUUCGCACUUGUCAUGAAUAUUAAAAUUUUACCUGCACACUUGUGCCUGCUACGUGGUCAGGUGCAAAUGCUGAAUAUUCGUAUUGGAAAAAUUGGUCACGAUUCGAAGAAAGGAAGUGCCGAAAAUAAUCAAGAAUUACUGGAAUGCAUCAAGGUGCACAAGGACCUGCUGGAAUACCACCACCAAUUGGAGGAAAUAAUUUCCGUGUAUAUGUUUUUCCAAAUUAUGGUGGGCGCGUUCAAUAUGUGCAUCAUUUUGGUAUUCAUUAUACUCUUCGUCAAGGACAUCUUCACCCUGCUCUACUACACUUUCUAUUUUAUUGGUGUCAUUUUUGAAUUGCUUCCCGGUUGCUAUUAUGGCACUCUGUUGGAAGAUGAAUUUCAUGAGCUGACCUAUGCAUUGUUCACCU